UCGGCGGGAAACCGGGUGCGGCGUCGAACUAGGCGCCCGUCGAGGGAGAAAGGGCGAAACCCAACGCGCUGCGACUUAAGGGUAAAGGUCACGGCCUCCACUCUCUGCGCCUUGGGGCCCUUAGCUCCUUCUGGGAACCCGGCCGUCGCUUCCUGUGGAAUGUCUGGGGUUGUCACAGAGCACCUGGUUGAGCUCCUUGUGCUUUUCAGCAUCUUUCCACUAGCUUUCUGUUUUACACAUGAUGAAAUAUAAGGAAAAAGAAUGCAGACAAGCAUGGAAAGUGAGGACACAAAGAAAACACAAGAAGUAAAGACUGACCUGAACUUAUUAUUGGAGUGUCUGAAGUAUCAAAUGGACAAUGCUUUUUCACAAAAGGAAGCUUUGGUCACUAUUCAUUCAAUUUGCCAACAAAACAGUAAUGCAGGUCUUUAUUUUCGGGAAAUCGGUGGUUUGAUGUUUGUAAAAAAUCUUGCAAAGUCAAGUGAACAUAGUAUGGUAAAAGAAGCAGCCUUAUAUACAUUAGGAGCUGUUGCAGAACAAAAUGUUUACUGUCAGCAGACUUUGUGUACUUCAGAAUUGUUUGAAGACUUAACUUGGUUCUUAUCUAACAGUGAUUCAAACACAAAUCUGAAAAGAAUGUCUGUCUAUGUUAUUUUGGUUCUGGUUUCAAAUAACAGGACUGGACAGACACUUGUGAGAGAAACAGGUUGUAUUUCAGUUCUAUCACAGUUGUUCAAGACUGUUCUUUCAAAAUAUGAGUUGAAUUUGUCAGAUGAAAGUGCUUUGCAGAGUUAUCAGUUGUGGUCUUCAGUGUGUAGUACUCUGUGUGUCUGUGUCAACAAUCCUCAAAAUGAUGAAAAUCAAAUGCUUUGCUGCUCACUUUUUACGCAUGCUAAUGACUGGCUGAUAAAUUGCAUGAAAGCUGAGAUAAUUCGCCCUAUUUGCUCAUUUAUUGGACUCACUCUUGCAAAUAACACUUAUGUUCAGAAAUACUUUAUAUCUGUGGGUGGACUGGAUGUAUUGUCUCAAGUUCUUGUGCAACUGGAAUCUGAUUCACACAAGACUCCUUUCAGUGCUAAGCUUGCAGUGGUGGUGACAAAGACAGUGGAUGCAUGCAUUGCUGAUAAUCCUACUUUUGGUGUUGUAUUAUCCAAGUACCACAUUGUUUCAAAACUUCUGGCAUUGCUGCUUCUUGACAGUCUGGAUUCAGGAGAAAAAUUUAGUGUCAUACUUACUCUUGGUCAUUGUACAGAGGAUUGUGAGGAAAAUCAGUAUGAUUUUUUUAAAAACAAUGGCCUUCCACUCAUGAUACAAGCCUUAACUGAAUCUCAAAGUGAGGAACUAAACAAAGCUGCCACUUUCGUGCUUCACAACUGCAAAAAAAUUACUGAGAAGUUAUCUCUAAGUCUAGGAGAAUAUUCUUUUGAUAAAAAUGAAGAGCGUUUAAAGGACAUAAAUAUGAAAGAGAAGAAUCUUGAAGAUUACUGGAAGAAAGCAAAGGAAAUUUUACACAGAAUAGAAGAACUUGAAACAGAAGGAAAUGAGGAAAAUGUACAAGGAGAGAAUUAUAAGAAUAAUGUUUCAUCUAUGAACAUAAAUAUUCAAGAUACACUGAAACACCUCCAUGCAGAUAGCAGCGGUGAUGUUCCCAAAGCAGAAGAUAAAGAUAAAAGCCAGGCUAGAAAGCUACAUGGUUCUAAGUCCCAUAAAGUCAUGUCUAAAGCAUGUACAAAUGAUGAUCAAGUGAAGAUGGUGUUAAGGAGUGCAAAUCCAGUUAAUGCUUGUUAUAGGGAGAGUGGGCAAAAUAAGACUUUAUGUACAGCCAAUUCAAGCUGCAAACAAAACCUAUGUGAAGAAACAACUUCUGAAAAAAAGAACUUUGUUUCUCACUCAAGAGACCAAAUUUUUAAACACCCAACUCCUAUUGCCAAAAAUACAAAGCAGCAAUUACCAGUAACAGAUCCAUUUACAUUAUGUUCAGAUAUAAUAAAUAAAGAAGUCAUCAGUUUUCUAGAAACAGACAAUUGUUCCAAAAUGUUGAGGUAUAGAUGCUCAGGUUGCAUAGCAGUAGGAAAAUCCCUGAAUAGUCGAAAUUUUAGCAAGCUCUUGCACUGUUGCCCAUACCAAUGUGAUCGUCACAAAGUCAUUGUGGAAGCUGAAGACAGAUAUAAAAGUGAACUAAGGAAAUCACUUAUCUGUAACAAAAAAAUUCUGCUGACCCCGCGUAGAAGACAUCAACUCAGUAGUGAAUCUACUACCCCUGGAAGAAUAAAGAAAAGAAGAGUUCGUAAAAACUUUACCAAAGAAGAAAUAAAUUACCUUUUCAAUGGAGUUAAGAAAAUGGGAAAUCACUGGAAUUUAAUUUUGUGGUCUUUCCCCUUUCAGCAAGGACGGAAGGCUGUGGACCUUGCUCACAAAUACCAUAAGCUGACCAAAUGCCCCAAGUGUGUGGCUCCUUGAUUGGAAGAAGACUUGUCAAUUGUUAGUUUGACACCUUGAAAAACAGUGUGUUAAAAAUACAAAAUUUUAAAUAUUCUUAGACACUCUCAUGAGACAGGAAAUGCAGCAAUGGGGAUACUGUUUUAAUUAUUUUUUGUGAUGCUGUAGCUCAUCAGACUAUUAAAAUAACUUAUAAGGACUUCCCUGGUGGUCCAGUGUCUAAGACCCUGUGGUCCCAAUGCAGGGAUCCUGGAUUCAGUUCUUGGUCAGGGAAUUAGAUCCCAUAAGUUGCAACUAAAAAUCCCCUGCAACUAAGACCCAGUGCAGCCAAAUAAAAUUAUUAUUUUUUAAUUAUAAAACAAGUACAUUUUCUUCUAAAAAUUUUAUUUUAUCAUAUCUUUGGCUGCGCUAGUUGUGAUGUGUGGGCUUCUCUCUAGUUCUGGUACGAGAGCUCUCUAGUUGUAUCAUGCAGCCUUAGUUGCCCCAUAGCAUGUGGGAUCUUAGUUCCCUGACCAGAGAUCGAACCCAUGUUCCAUGCAUUGGAAGGCAGAUUCUUAACCACUGGACCAUCAGAGAAGUCCCUAAAACAAAUACAUUUUCAAUGUGUAGAUUGGUAGGACAAAAUUCCACAUGAGGUGAAACAUAUGUAUAGGAUUACGCUUUUUUUCCCUUAAGCUCAACCCAGGUCAGAGAAAAAAAAUUAUUGGCCUUUAAACAUUAUUUGAUAUUAUAUACUAUAUGAGACACUGGAUUUAGUAUUUUUACCCAGUGAAAGUCCCUCCCUGGAACUUAGUUUCCCAGGUUGUUCAAAUUAUGUUCCCACACACUAAUGUUUCUCCUUCUACAGGCAAUUGUGCAGUUGCUCCAAAUACUCCAGAUUCUAUUGUCAGGUUCACUUCUUUUUGGUGCAUAUUUAUUUGCUUCUGCAUUUUCAAAGUUUGAAACAAUUUUUGAUUGUUUGCUUUUAAGUUUUCUUCCAGUUGGAAACCAAACUAUUAAAUCUCAAACUUCUAUUUUUCUUACUCUUUUUAUAUUCCAUCACACCAAUGCCUUCUUCAUUAUACUUAAAAUACCGUGGCAGUGAUCAAGCAUCAAGGCCUGAAAGUUCAGCUGCACGUCUGUACACAUUGGCUCACUGUUUGAUGUCAUUCUUAAAAUACUGAAGGGUAUUUUCCUAUAAGCAUGUAUUCUUGGAUCCUUUCAGAUCAUGAGUAUGUCUACUUAGAUAAAGUAUGUCUACUUAUUAAUUUCUGUUGUACAAUGAAAAUACCGGAGGGUCAAUAAGCAGAAAAGUCUCUGUUUAAAAUCCAAAAGUUCCUUUAGGCCUAAGAAUAAUUUACAGUUAGGAAAAUUCUUUGCAUCAUUUAAAGUGUGAGUGAAUUUAGUCCAUUAUCAGUCUUUCCUAAGCUCUAUGGAGGUGAUUUAAAUGGUCUGCUGGGCUACUGUGCUGUGUAAUUCUCAAGAUGUGUGAAUGUUGUUUUAGGUCAACGGGGAAGACAUUUUGUUGCCUCAACCUUGCUGGCAAUAGUUUUUUGUUUGUUUGUUUGUUUUCUGUUUUAAUUGGAAGUUAUCUGUAACAGAAAAUCAAAUACUACUUACAUCCCCAAGAGCAUGACACACUGUAACUUGGAAGAUGUUUUGUAUCCGUCACUGACACUUUAUUUAAAAUAACUUACAUUGCCUUCUGAAACCUUGAAAUUUUAUCCUAACCUUUGGCUAACUUGGUUAACGUGAACUGCUUUUUUUCCCCUCAAAUGG